AUGGCUGAACGAAAGAAGAAAUUUCCGAACCGUCACGUAUUCAGCGAUGAUGAACUGGAGGCACCUCCUCCACAAACGCAAAUAUUGGAGCGCGUUAAAUCGGAUCGAAUGAUAGCAUCGACCUCGAUUGAUGAGGAUAGAAGGCGUCGUACGAUAAUUGUUGAGAAGAAGAAAGGUAGUUAUGGAUUUACACUUCAAAGUUAUGGAAUUCAUUAUCAAAAGGAGAGAGAAGUGGAAAUGAUUACGUAUGUUGAUCAUGUAGAGUAUGAUGGGCCAGCUUAUAAGUCUGGAAUGCGUGAGGGUGAUGUUAUAUUGUCAAUAAAUGGAACUGAUAUGGAAAAUGCUGAUCAUAAAACACUAGUCAAUUUCAUUAAACACUGUGAUAGUCGUAUGCGAAUGGUUGUUCUGUUUGAGAAUUGUGUAAGAAAGGUUGAGCUUCAUAUGAGAUAUAUUCAGCUACAAGAAAUUUUACAAAAUAAGAUGGCUGAGCUUGAGGGUAUUGUGAUGAAAGAAAAGGAAAUUGUUGAUGGAAAAUGGAAGACACAUUCGCUGCCUGCUCGAAAGAAAGCUACUGAUAAUGUCAACGAUACUCAAAUAUCGCCUUCUGAUCAUGAAUCAACUACACUGCCAUACACACGACCUCUGUCGACUGAAGAUGUCGCUAAACUUUCAAAGCAACAGCAUCAAAUUAUUCCGCCACCUGCACAAUUCAUUUUAGCUUAUCAGUAUUUAGAUCCUUAUCAUAAGCACAUCAUAAAAUCAUCAACACCAAAUAGUAGUGGUGAAUAUCUUGUAUCAAAUACGUCAUCAUCCUCGCUACCACGUUCGCAUAACAACUAUUUCAUAUCAUCAAAUGAAAAUAAUUCUUAUUCAAGCUUAUCAAAUCAACAGAGUCCCUUGCAGCGAACUACCAAUCAGCCACAGCAUCAUCAUCACCAUCAUGUACAAGAUUCAUCAUCCUUAGAAUAUACAAAUAUGCAUAACGCUUCUGAUCAUCAGCCACAACAAAAGUCUUCGAAAAGUCGACGGCAUUGCCAUGCAAUUCAUAGCUGUAAUCCAUGCAUGGGCCAUCUGAUAAGACGUGGGAAUGAUAAAGCAAAUGACAAAGGCAAUGAUAAAGACAAUACUAGUCUAGAUGCUUACGACCUGGCUAGUCCUUGUUGUGAGGCAAACUGUGUGCCAGUCAAACGUCGCUCAAGGCAUCAUAAGGAACAUCAUCAUAAACAUAAGCAUCGUGAUAAGGAACGACCGCCUAGACCUCGUUCUCAAUCUCAUGCUUCAACACAAGUUGAGAACCCAAUGCAUUUUGAUAAUGUGAAGCAUGAGCAUCACGCAAACAAUUAUGACAUAAGUUCACAACUUGCUAGCCAAUGCAGUCUUCAUUCAUGUAAUUCAAGUGAUCAUUGUCAUAGAAAUGCUGUAGAAAAUCCAGGCUAUACGAGUUCAUUAAGCAAUGAUACAUUGUGGGAUCCAAAGAGUGACACAGGAACAACAUGUAAUCGACAAAGUGCUUUUAAGCCACGUCCGACUUCGGUAUAUCAAACUACGUCUACAGCACCAAAUCAUUCAUACAUUCAUCAUCGUUACGUUCACCCUAGUCAAGUGCAGCCAAUUCAAAAUUCUAUUACCACAACUCAUGCGUAUAUUCCACCUCAAUACAAUAAUUCAAAGCCUAAAUCGUGGGAUAAUUUAGGUAAAACUGGCGGCACUGGAAAUUAUGCAAGUGGCAUAAAUAAUAAUGCAUAUAUGAAUUAUCAAGCAUCGACGAAUAAUAAGGGACAGCAACAGCAGCAACAAAUCCCACAAGGUCAUGUCAUAAUUUCGAGAAAAUCCAAUCAAGCACCUUACGGUCGUUAUUCUGCGUACACAGAAAUUGAAAAUUAUGUGCCAGCUCCUCAAGCAUUUUUACAGGAAGAGACGAUCACAAAAACUACAAUAAUUACGACAAAAUCAACAGAGAAUCUCAUUAAUAACGCUCAAUAUGACGAAAGCUGUGAAUGCCUUGCACAGCCUCGUACAGCAUCAACAACUACAACACAGCGAUCACCAAAGCCCGUGAUCUCAUCAAAUUGUGCUGCCUGUAAUAAUGCGGCCAAUAAUUUUAAUAAUGUAAAUCAAUCAUAUCAAGGAUACUACUCAAAUCUUACUCGUAAUAAUCCAACUCGUUACAUUCCAACUAAAACAGAAAUAACGCGUUUGUGA